UUGCAGCCUAGCCCAGAUGCUGAUCAGUCAACGGUAACAGGAGGAGAGGAGGAGGAGGAUUCUGACCAGGAGGAAGAAGAGGAGGAUGAAGAUGAAGAUGACGACGCCCUGCAGUGCAUUGCCUGUGACAAAACCUUCGCCAGUUUGGCUGCAAAACGCAACCACGAGGCCUCCAAGAAGCACAAGAAGCAAGUGGCCAUCCUGCGUGCCCUACUGCUGGAGGCAGACGCCAAUGCGGACAGUGCUGUGGCCGACGAGCUGACGGCCGCGGGCAUCACCCUGGAGGAUUCUGAACCGGAGCCAGAGGCGAAGCCAGACGUUAAGCUGACAAAACGUGCCAAGAAGGCCAGACGAAGGCAGCUGAGGGCUGCGGAUGCGGAAGAGAGGACAGAAGAAGAGGAGGAACAGGCAAACGGCGCUGAACCGUCGUUGCUUCCACGUUCAUGUUUCAAAAUCAACACCACACCGUUCUUCAAUUAUGCCUGUGAUGGCCAUCCGGCCAAGAGUCAGCCGACUGCCGCCCCGCAGGAGGCAUGUGUUUGCAAGGUCUGCUCCGAGGAGUUUCCCUCCAAGAAUAAACUGUUUGCGCACAUUAAGGAGUCCGGUCAUGCCGUGCUGAAGACAGUUGCCCCCACUGCCAAGGCACAGAUGCGUCCGAAGAAGUCGGCAAAGAAGUCGAAAAAGUGA